AUGACAAGUCCUUCCAAGUUCAAACCCCUAUUUCCUCAGGAUUUUGUGCAAUUUAUCCUUUGGCUUUUCUUUAUUUUUUCAAGUGGGGUUUCCCGAAUCUUCUUUCUUGUUUUUUAUUUUGACUUCUUUUAUCUUUUCGGUUUCCUUUUGUUUUCUUUCCUUUCUUUUUUCUUUCUUUUGUCUUUUCGGUUUCUUUUUCUAGAGAGAGGCUUCUCCGAUUUUAUGUGCCAGUUGCGUCUGCCAUGGCCAUUGAUCCUUUUGCUUCCAGUUCUUUACCGACUUCGGCUUUUGUUGGUUCUUCUACUGAUUUGUCUAGGAUGCGAGAGAGAAGUAAGGAUCUGCUGAACCUCUGUGAAUUUUGCUUUGGAGAGGUCCAUUUCGAAUCUAAGGGCACAGGUUUCCUCUCUUCAAGCUUUGUCUUCCUCUAUUAUUCAGUCUUCUAAGGUGUCUCCUGAGGGUAGAGCCUUCGCUCUUUCUGGUAGCUUGGGUUACUUCAAUCUUGCCGUCAAGCUCAUCAAGAUGUUGUUGUGGAGGUUUAAGCUAAUCCAAAGUUGAAGAAAGUUUAUGAUUAAGGUCCAUCGUAUGUUCCUCUGGAUAGAUCUCUGGUUGAAGUAAAGGAAAGAUUGAGCAGCUUUUGGGACGCAGAGGAUUUUGCUACAACUAUUCACAGUAGGAGAAAUUCUAUUGAUGCAGAGGUUCUGAAGGUAUCCCUUUUUAGCUUUUCGGACCUCUUGUUGAACAUGUUCUUAUGUUGUAGUGCAUUGGUUGUGUUUUAAGAACAUCUGCUUGCUGAAAAAAUGCUUUGUUUCUAA